AUGAAGCAGAGGAAGAAGCAUGAUGAAAGGAAUGGCGCAGCCGAGGGGGAUGCUAUGGAGGAUGUGAAUGGACAUGACGAGGAUGAAGAAGAUCUUCUUACCCAAACUAUGGUCUCGAGUCGAGAAUGGUUACGGCAAAGUUUAAAGCUUUAUGAACUGGUUGAAUAUGAGGAUGAAAGAUUGAAGGACCAUGCGAUGGAGUUGGUUGAGGAACUCGAUGCCAUUAUUGGGGAAGGGGGAGAGGAUGAGGUAGACGGGGGCGAGGAGGAGUGGAACGGCUUUGGAGAGGAAAGUGAGAAGGAGCAAGAAGAUGAGGAGAUGGAUGAAGGCUGA